AUGAGAGGUCUUUGGGUGUCAUUUAUACCACAAAUUGAGUGUCAAAUGAGUGGCGAUUGUAGUGUUGUUGCGGUGGAGGACAACACAACCGACACCUCUUCAGCCGAUACGAUGGCAUCGCUCGUGAAGUCUUCGUGCGUUCGCUGGGCUUUGAAUGCUUCCAAAUGGCGGCCGACUCGAGAGGAGUGGCUUUUGGCCACACGUUUGAUCCAAAAGGAAGAGAUGUCACGAAUCAAUCGGUUUGUGUUCAAAACGGACGCCAAACUGGCGCUCGUCGGGCGACUACUUAUGCGAUCGGGUGUUAGCAAACGGUUCCCAUCGGUUCCGUACAAAGACAUACUCUUUGACCGGACGGACAAAGGAAAGCCAUACUUAGUGUUGCCGACCAGUGAUGAGGUGUCGGCGAAACCGUUUGACUUGAAUAUUAGCCAUUCGGGCGACUAUUGUGUGAUGGGUUCGGUCGGCGCCGACAAAGUGGGCGUCGAUGUCAUGCGAAUUGAAUACUCGGGUCAACGCAACGACAGACCGGUCGACGACUUUUUUCGCCUAAUGAAUCGGCAGUUCUCUGACAGCGAGUGGCGAUUCAUAAACACCGGCGCCGACGAUAAGCAAAGAAUCUUUCGUUUUAUCCGUUUGUGGACAUUGAAGGAGAGUUUC